AAUCUGAGCUCUAUGGUUUGGUCUGGAUUUUGAACGGAACCUUCUCUGGUACAUUCAGAGAAGUGAACAUGGCGGACGUUUUGAGUGUUCUUCGUCAGUACAAUAUCCAGAAAAAGGAAAUCGUUGCAAAGGGAGACGAAGUGAUCUUUGGGGAGUUUUCGUGGCCAAAGAAUGUCAAGACCAACUACGUUAUUUGGGGAACUGGAAAGGAGGGCCAACCCAAGGAGUAUUACACCUUGGACUCAAUUCUCUUCCUUCUCAACAAUGUGCAUCUUCCUCACCCCUCUUAUGUCCGCAGGGCAGCUACAGAAAAUAUACCUGUAGUAAGAAGACCCGAUCGAAAGGACUUACUAUCGUAUCUCAAUGGAGAAAACGCUACUUCAGCAAGUAUCGACAGGAGUGCACCCAUUGAAAUAGGGUUGCAGAGACCAACACAAGUUAAAAGGGCAGCAGAUGAAGCUUCAUCAGAAGCGAAAAAGCCACGCUUUGAGGAUGAAGAGCGAGUGCGUCUUGAUAAAGAGCGUCUGGCGGCACGUCUUGAAGGACAUAAAGAGGGCAUUGUACAGACCGACCAAAUUAGGUCGCUGUCAGAGGCCAUGUCCGUGGAGAAGAUCGCUGCCAUCAAGGCCAAGAUCAUGGCCAAGAAAAGAUCAACCAUCAAAACAGACCUGGACGAUGACAUCACCCUCAAGCAGAGGAGCUUUGUGGACGCUGAAGUGGACGUGACCAGAGACAUUGUGAGCCGAGAGCGAGUAUGGCGGACCCGCACUACCAUUCUACAAAGCACUGGAAAGAAUUUUUCCAAGAGCAUCUUCGCCAUUCUGCAGUCGGUGAAGGCCAGGGAGGAGGGCCGAGCCCCUGAGCAGAGACCAGCACAGAACGCCACUCAGGCGGACCCAUCCAUAAGAAACAAGCAACCAGUCCCAGCCGCCUACAACAGAUACGAUCAGGAGAGGUUCAAAGGGAAAGAGGAAACGGAGGGCUUCAAGAUCGACACCAUGGGAACCUACCACGGCAUGACGCUGAAGUCCGUGACGGAGGGGGCAUCAGCCAGAAAGGCCCAGACUCCUGCAUUGCAGCCGGUUCCCCGACCAGUUUCUCAAGCCAGACCACCACCAAACCAAAAGAAAGGAUCAAGAACUCCUAUAAUAAUCAUCCCGGCGGCCACCACUUCUCUUAUCACCAUGCUUAAUGCUAAGGACCUGUUGCAGGACCUGAAAUUUGUGACCCCUGAGGAGAAGAAGAAGCAGGGUAUCCAGCGUGAUAACGAGGUGCUGUUGCAGAGGCGGAAGGACCAGAUCCAGCCUGGUGGAAACACGCUCAGCGUCACCGUGCCGUACAGAGUCAUCGACCAGCCGCUGAAGCUCGCGCCACAAGACUGGGACAGGGUGGUGGCUGUGUUCGUGCAGGGCCCUGCUUGGCAGUUCAAAGGCUGGCCGUGGCUGCUUCCCGACGGAUCCCCAGUGGACAUCUUUGCCAAAAUCCGAGCCUUCCACCUGAAGUAUGACGAGGCGCGGACAGAUCCCAACGUACAGAAGUGGGACGUCACCGUGCUGGAGCUGAGCCAUCACAAGCGCCACCUGGACAGACCCAUCUUCCUCCGCUUCUGGGAGACACUGGACAGAUACAUGGUGAAACACAAGGCACAUCUGCGGUUCUGAGCGUGUGCGGCCCGUGCCAAGCGUGCGGUGCGGAGGCUGUGCCUGAUGUCUCUGCUCCUGGCCGGGCUCCUCACCACCACCAGUCGUCAAACAGAACAGUCCUCCAGCUCAAACCCCCGGCCGUCCCGCCACCCCACCCAGGACCCCUGGAGCUACACCUACAGCGGCACUCCCCCAGUGUCCAUCUCUGCGCUGGUGGCAGCAGCACCGGGUUAGUGCUGCUGCUGCUGCAAUGCUUCUCUGGAGCGCAAGGGGUUACCAGGCGACGGGGGAGGUGCACUUAGAGAAGACAGGAAUACAUACUUUCUUAUUGCCAUGGUGAUGUCAGUCAGUUUUGUAUCUUUUUAAACUUCGAAAUCAACUUUAGCAUCUAGAGAAGACAAUUAUGAAUCUGGGAAAAAAGGUUUAUGGUGUUACAGAAAACCACUUUUCAUGUGUUUUCACUUUUGCAAACAGAGAAGAAAUGACCACGGACAGAGAUUGGAGCUGGUAAAGGGCAUGGACUUCCAAUGAAAAAAAAAAAUGUUUUGUUUCUUUUUUGUUUUGUGUUUUGUUUUGUUUUUUUCUGUCUAUAAACAAACAUUUUGACUGUCAGAGCUUUUGCCCUGUCCUUUUAUUAUUGAAGGGACUUUUUUAACCAUUCAGAUUGUACAUUUACAGUAGACACCGCUCAUAGAGCGUCACACAAAGGACUGAAAUGUAAAUUUAAAUGCAGUUGAACCAGUGUGUUGGCAUCCUCCUGAGGAGUAUACCAUGAACAUGCUGAAGUGAUAAACCUACCUAAACUAGCCUGCAUGAAGUGGUAAAUCUGCUAGUAGAUGGCCAGAGGUGUCGUUUUAAGAAAAUGAGGGCUCUUCUAUUAGAUGAUUUACCACUAUUUCUAGGUUAACUUCAUCUGGGCACUAUUCCAAGAACAUGGUGAUAAUAAACCUGGCUAAGAUAGCCUUCAGGAAGUGGUAAACCUACCACUAUAUAGUCCACAGGUGUCAAUUGCCUAAGGAAAAGAGGACUCCAGGCUCCUCUAUUAGAUGAUUUACCACUAGCUCAAGGUUCAUCAAACCUGGUUUACUACUUCGCCAGGCUCAUGGCAUAGUCCCCAGGCCAUUUGAUGAUGGUGCAGGAGGUUGCAAAAGAAGCUUGUACCUCUGGACAUAAUGACAAUGUGAAAAUGGGCCCCCGAACUCUGUCACUGACUUGUGUUAUGCGCGAGCUAGUCUUUCUGCAAUAAAUAAAAGAAUUAUUACGUCCUCGA